CUCAUCUCAGUACCAGAUUUGUUGGAACAUUGGGAUACACAGCACCUGAAUAUGCAAUUCAUGGCCAAUUGUCAGAAAAGGUGGAUACAUAUAGUUAUGGUGUGGUUGUCCUUGAAAUCAUAAGUGGCCAAAAGAGCAGUGAAAUCAAAUCUGAUGCUAUGGGUGAAUUUCUACUUGAAAAGGCAUGGAAACUGUAUGAGAAUGGCAAGCACGUGGAGCUGGUGGAUCCAAAUCUGGAUCCAAAUGAAUACAAACCAGAAGAUGUAAAGAAGAUUAUAGAAAUUGCUCUGAUGUGCACUCAACCAUCAGCUGCUCAAAGGCCUACAAUGUCUGAAGUUAUAGUUCUACUUAAAAGCACUAGCUCCUUGGAGAAUAGGGCGCUCACUAGGCCUGUUUUUGUUGAUUCUGAUAAGAGAGUGAAGGGAGACACAUCAACCUCUACUGCUUCCUCCACAUCCAACGCCACCGUAUCGGUUUCUCAAGUUUCAGGCCGCUAAGUAAUAAUUAAACCAGUAACUCUUGUACAAAAUAUUUGGGAGUUUCCUUUGGAUGUUUAGUUUCGAAGCAAAGAUGUUUUUUUUUAAGUCUACUAGGAUUGUUAACAAUAGUGAUUUCACACUCCUUUUUCUUCGUUUGAAUUCCUCUUGGUUUUCAUUGUAAAGCACAAAUGCUAGUUGUAUGUCCCAGAGCCAAACAUUUGAUGUACUUUAAAUCUUUAGUAUUCAAUAAUA